CUCGUACUCAAUGUUACAAAGGGAAACUGAAAGCAGAUUGUGAGUGAUAUUUACCAAUUUUUGACAAGAGGAAUUGUCAGAAUUUCGUUUACGUUACCCUCAACAAAAAAUAUUUCAUCACCGAAGAGCUUUUCACACUUCAGGAUAUAAAAAUAAAUGAAGUAUGAGGAAUAAUUGUACUAUAGAACAGUAUGCAGCAUUUAGCAAUGGUUUUUAUUAAUAAGCGUGACAGUUGUUUCCAUCUUAGAAUAUUGGUACUAAAGAAGAUAUAAGUUGAACCAAUAACACAUAAUAAGAGAAUAUUUAAUUAAAUAUAAAGCAUCAGGCACAUGCGUCAAACAUGAUAUAAUGUUAAUCGCAUUAUAUCUUUGCAAAGUUUCUAUCGAUGGGUCUUCACAUAUAAGUGAAUGAUCAAUCCUGGGAUUUUCACAAGGGGUAUAUCAGGAUAUUUAUCACUCUUUUUCCGGAGACUACAAAGCUUCCAAUGAUGUUUUCGUCAGGUCUUAAUUGUAAUCUCUCUUUCCCAAGUUGUUUGGGUUAUCCACAGGAUAGUGAAGAAUUAAUUCCAAAAAUGGCACGUGAGCCAAUCAUCUUAAAUGUUUAUGAUAUGUAUUGGAUAAAUGAAUAUACAACACCUAUUGGUCUUGGUGUAUUUCAUUCAGGAGUGGAAAUUUACGGAACAGAAUACGCAUAUGGUGGUCAUGCUCAGCCUAGAAGUGGUAUUUUUGAAAUCACACCAAGAGUAGCCGAAGAAUUAGGUGAACAGUUUAGAUACAGACAGUCUGUUCACAUUGGAUAUACAGAUUUCACGGAAGAAGAUGUUUCUAGAAUUAUUACAGAGUUAGGCAAAGAUUUUAGGGGAGACCGUUAUCACCUCAUGAAUAAAAACUGUAACCAUUUCAGCAGUCAAUUCACACUGAUUUUAUGUGGACAGGAAAUACCUGGUUGGGUAAAUCGUCUGGCAUAUUUCAGUUCAUGUGUGCCAUUUCUUCAACGUUGUUUACCAAAAGAAUGGUUAACACCCGAUGCUCUGCAACACUCUUUAAGUCAGAUUAGUCAUCACGAAAGUACACCACCAUCGGAUACUUCAUUGUAACAUUUGCCUAACACUAUUGAUAUGCACGGUCUAAAACACCGUAGGAGUUAUACGUUGUAGGUAAUUAAAACAUGAUGAAACAAUGUUAAUUAGGACUGAUUAUAUUGUCAAGAUGUAAAAAUUUGGGAAACUGAACCGUCAACACAAGGUACAAAUUUAAUAUUGUACACUUGAAUGCGACUGCUAAUAAUUAGUACCGAAAAGAUUGCCUUUACUGCAACACAUCGUUUCCUAAUAUUUAGAUUGCGAUCUACGAAUGUCGCAUGUGUUCUUUGUUGAGUAAUACAGUCACAAGAUAUGAUAGUUAUAUAAUGAAUAAAUAAUUAUCUAUAAAUUUAAAUCACACAAAGAACAGGAAACUCGCUGACUAAUGAGAAAAAGAAUUUUAUGUUCGGAAAUUAUUAAUUUAAAUCAAAUUUCUAAAAGAAUCUUUACAGACAUACACACAGAAAUGUCACGGCACGCACAUUCUGAGUAACGAUAAACAAAACACUUAAAUACCUAGGAUGAUUGUAAAGAUGUGAAAAAUUUUUUAGGAAAAAAAUUACAAUUCAAAGAAGCAUAUAUAUAUAUAUAUAUAUAUAAUAGGACAAAAAUUCUAAGAUUAUUUUUAUCCUUGAAACGUUAAAAUUACCUUAAUUCGUUUAAAUAUGAUCAAAACGAUUUUUAACAGUCUAUUCUUUCCAUUCUUUUACAUCAUGUAAGCUUUUUCUUAACCCUUAGGCAUCCAAUGUAAAUUUAUAUACGUUGUUACCUAAAUGAGACCUAACAAAUUUCAACAACUUUAUGAAAAAUUACUUAAAAUGACUUACAGAAUUAUAUUGAUUAAUAAUCUGCCAUUGAGAGAGACAAUUUGAUAUUUACUUAUAAUAGUUUAUCAAUGAUAUUUAUAUACAGCAAUGGAAAUAUUUAAGUAUUCCUGUUCUCACACAUCUCGUACAGAUUGUGGCGAAAAUCGUGAUACAUAAUAAUGAAGGUGAAUCUUCAUACGUUAAAAUAAGUCGAAAAUAUAGAAUAAAUUUUUUUUACGUACGAGGCUUUGUUAUCAAGAAAGAUGAUUUUAAAAUUUGAUCCAGUACACAUUCUCAUUUGUAUCUAUGGCAUGGUUCAACAAAUUUUGAUUCCAGAUUAAAAUUUGUAUGUAUUGCAUUUAUAUACGUAUACAAGUUUAUAG